GCCUGCCUGCCCUCCGUCCGCGCGCUUUCCCACGCUCUUUUCAGAGAGAGAGCUUUCGCUUUCCACGCCGUGCUCCACGACCAUGAAGAUCUUCAAGUUCCGGCUGCGCAGCUUCGCCCUCCUGACGGUGCUGCUGACGCUCACGCUCUUCCUCCUGAACCUGUCGCCCUCCGCCGUCAGCCAGCACUUCUUCCGGCUGUCAGCGACCGACGGCCUUCCUUCGGCGAGGAAUCAAACGGCGUCAGCAACCAGUAAGAGAAUAGUUUAUCCGGAUCCUUUCAAGCAGUACGAUCUGAGAGUCGGCCAGGCGGCGUCGCAGGAGAAGGACGUCGCGAACUCCAGCCGGCAGGAGGAGGCGGAGGGAGGAGGUCCUGGCGGCGAGGCGGGACGAAGGGACGCGGCGACCCAGCAGGAGGCGAAGCAGGGCGCGGCGGGGGAGCCCGGAGGACGCGCGAGGGAGAGCCAGGAGCCAAGGGCGAGCUCGCGAGACGGCCUCGACGCGCCCAAGACGAACGGCUCCCGGCAGGUCGACGAGGCCGGAGGGUCGUACGUGCGGCAGGGCAUCGCGGAGGGCGAGGAGCACGACGCCUACGUGCAGGACUACCCCGACUACACCCCGGCGGAGUUCGUGGAGGUCCUCAAGACGAAGCUCUCCUCCAAGGUCAAGAAGCCCGCCCGAAUCUCCGGCAAGGGGCGUGACCUGAGGCGCCCGCCCGAUGACAAGUUCUCCCGGGAGGCGCUGCAGGCGAGGGCGCUCGAGUUCCCCGAGAAGACGCCUUUCCGGAAGUUCCUGGCUGAACAGAAGCGGCGAGUCGAGCAUAUCACAGCCACCUGUCCUCACCUGGCGGCUCCUGACACCUCCCUCGACGCCAGGGGACCGCCACCUGGCCUUGUGGAUAUACAUAAUCUCAUCUUCGACAGGCUAAACCUCCUGACGUUCUGCCCCGUGUACAAGGCCGCCAGCACCUCGUGGACGAUCACCCUCCUCGAGAUAGGCGGCUACAAGCGGGCCAAGAACAUUCCGUUGCAGAAACUGGUCAGCCAAGUGUACCCCAAGAUAUCGAAUCUGGCUGGACCGGCGGUAGCCCGAGGACGACCAAGUUCAUGGUCGUCCGGCACCCGUUCGAGCGCCUCCUCUCCUGCUUCCGGGACAAGUUCGAGUACGGAAAGAAAUCCUAUUAUUACAAGCGAUACGGAGAGAAGAUGGUCCGCCGCUACAGGGAGUUCCCCAAGUACAUCUCCGAGGGACAGCUCGGCCUCCUCCAAGAGCAAGUCCGGAACAAGGUGAUGGCCGGACUCCCGGUGUCCUGAAGGGGAAUACGUUCGCGAGUCCUGUAGGUCCGACCUUCCUCGAGUUCGUCAGAUACGUGAUCGACAGCAAACACGACGACGAGCACUGGAGGACUUACCACAGCCACUGUUCUCCUUGCUGAUGGGUUACGACUUCGUUCUGAGGUUCGAAUCCCUCUACGAAGAAGGCAAACAGUUCCUGGAGUACCUCAACCGGACGGCGGAGGUGCAGCCGCGGUGGGACAACCCGACGUCAGGGGGGGCGACCAACACCGAGAUCGUGUGCUCCUAUUACUCCCAGUUGCCGUUCGAGCUCAUGCAGAAGCUGGCCGAGAAAUACGAGAAUGAUUUUGUGUUAUUCGAGUAUAAACCGGAUUCGUAUUUCGAGUGCGCGAAGGAUUUCGUUCCGGGGAAGAAAGGGACGUAAUAAAUAUUUUUUUUGUGUGUUU